GAGGCUUGGCCGAGUGAACCAGGACCUACGAAGAGUGACGAACUGAGCGCGUUCGCAGAAAUCACGAAGCCCAAGAUUGAACCAACGAUAACGAGAGCUUUAGCCAAUGUUACGAUCACCCCACCUAACGUAGAAGCCAUCAUGGAUUGCAACCGGUACAGUACCAAAGAGCAACUUUUACGAGUAACAGCGUUAUUAAAGAGAUUCGGUGACAAAACGAGGAGACAGCCAGUGCCAAUUGAAGUAACUGCGAAUGAACUAAGAGCAGCUGAAAAACUUUGGGUGAAUACCAUACAGGCAAGCAAUUUCGAAGACGAAAGGUCAUAUCUCCAAGGAGUUUCGAAGAAAGAACCGCUGCUCGUAAGACAGUUGGAUUUAUUCUUGGACGAAGAAGGUACGAUUCGAUGCCAAGGUCGAAUAGAUAAAUCAUCAUUACCCAUGACGACAAAGCGGCCAAUACUUCUUCCUGCACGACAUUUCUAUACGCAACUUGUAAUUCGCAACUGUCACGAAGUCGUCCAUCACAACGGUGUCAAAGAAACAUUGAACUGCAUUCGCGAAGUAUAUUGGAUUCCAAGAGGUCGAGAAGCCGUUAAACGUGUAAUUGGAGUAUGUGUUACAUGUAGAAAACACGAAGGGAAGCCAUACGGUACACCAAAGUUCGCCCAGCUACCAUCAUGUAGAGUAAGCGAUGAUCCACCUUUUGCUCACACCGGCAUGGACUUCGCUGGACCACUAUAUUUAACGACCGAAGGUGAAGAUGAUAAAGAACGAAAGUUGCAAAAGGCGUACAUUUGUCUCCAUACCUGCGCGUCAACAAGAGCGUUACACCUUGAACUUGUGCCAAAUUUAUCAGUGUCUACAUUCUUACAAUCAUUUAGAAGAUUCACCGCUCGAAGAGGAUUACCGACAAAGUUACUAUCGGAUAACGCGAAAACGUUUAAAACGGCUGCAAAAGAAGUCAAGGGAAUUACGAGAUCUAUGGAAGUUCAGCGGUAUUUGGCGAACAAAGGAAUCACGUGGGAGUUUAUAGUGGAAAAGGCACCUUGGCAAGGGGGUUUCUGGGAAAGAAUGGUGAAAUGUGUCAAACGCUGUCUGAAAAAGGCGGUGGGUCGAGCAUCAUUAUCGUUUGAAGAAAUGCGCACAUUAUUGAUUGAGAUUGAAGCUACGCUGAACAAUCGACCUAUGACUUACGUAUACGAUGAUGAAGAAGGCGUGUCUUAUCCGUUAACACCUGCAUCGUUGAUCUAUGGUCGAAACAUCGCUACAACGCCAAACGAUAAGCAAUUCGAAGUGAUCAGUACAAAUCAAUCCCUAACUCGACCACAGAAGUAUCACAAAAGGCUUUUAAACCAGUUUGCGAAGCAAUGGAGAACUGAGUAUCUCGCUAGUUUAAGAGAGUCAUCAAGGUCAAAGGUUUCGUCGGAUGCGGCUCGUAAGCUGGCGAUAGAAGAAGGAGAGAUCGUAGUUUUAAAGAACGACAAGUCAUCACGGUCAUUUUGGAAGUUAGCUAGGGUGGAGGAAUUACUCCCCAGUAAAGACGGUGUUAUUAGAGCGGCAAAGGUACGCGUAGUUAAUCAAGAGAAUGGAAAAUCAACAUGGUUACGAAGACCCAUACAACCCCUUGUUCCUCUAGAAAUACGGUCGAGUUGCAAACAGAAGAACGAAACGCACGCGAGGGAUCCUACGACGGAAGAGACGAAAGAGGAUGCCUCUUCAAAGGAACCGCUGAAGGCGAACGCAAGGAGUACAGUGGUUACUAAAUACUUCCUACGAAGUCAGAACAAUCGUAAAGAUACUGUGUGA